AUGGGUGAACCAUCGUUACAAGAGACAAAUGAGAAUGUUGUUGUAGAUGAACCAAAACUUCGGCUUGGUCAAGAAUUCGAAUCAAUAGAGGAGGCCUAUUACUUUUACAAUGAGAUAUAUGCAAAGACUAUUGGUUUUAGUGUGAGAAUGGGUUCAACUAAGAGAAGUAAGGUGACUGGAGAGAUUACUUGGAAACAAUUUUUAUGUUCCAAGGAAGGAAAAACAGAUGAGACUUAUGAGAACUCAAGACGGCAACAUUCAUCGACCAUGGAAGAAAGGAGGUGCGGAAUAAAGCGUAUGGGUUGUAAGGCAAGGUUGAACAUCGUCUUUAACAAGGCAAGCAAAAAUUGGUGUGUAAGUGACUUCGAGGAGGCUCAUACACAUGAACUUACAACCCCCAAAAGAGUACAUUUAUUACCAUCACACCGCAAGCUUACAAAGGCAAAAAAGUGUCUUAUGGAAAAGCUAAGUAGUGUUAAUGUUCGAACAAGUCAACAAUUCAAAAUAAUGGAGACUGUGGCAGGUGGUAUACGGAAUGUUGGAUGUAUUCCCAGAGAUUUGAGAAACUUUGAAAGAGAUUCAAGGGAAGAAGUGAAGGGACAUGAUGCAACUAUGCUACUUGAGUUCUUAGAGUCAUAA